AUGGCGACGUCGGCGGAGGUUCACGUCAUGCCGACCAUCUUCUGCAUCGAUCUACUGACGAGGCUUUUUAAGCGUCGACGCAUGCUCGGCCGGCGGAAUCUAACGUGGGACACGCCCGUGCGGCACAUCCUGGGCGAGGAGUUUGAACUGUGUGACGACAUGCGCACCCAGCAGACGAGUCUACGCGACAUCCUCGCUCACAAGGUCGGCAUUCCGGGAUACUUUGGUGGUUUCCUGACUGGGUUCAAUAUGACACGCCGUCAGCUGAUCCGCAAGUUGCGCCACCUGCCGGCCAGCCAUCCGUUCCGCACGCACUACAUCUACAACAACUACAUGUACAUGCUCGCCGGAUACAUCGCAGAAGCCAUUGACGACACAGGAAGCACGUGGGAGCAGCUCGUGCGCUCACGCAUCUUCCGGCCUCUGCGCAUGACGUCAGCGGUGUUCGUCGAUACAAGUGAACAUCGCUGGGAGGGGUUCGCGAUGCCGCACAUACACAGCGGUGGCGCCACCAUACCCAUCGAUCCAGAAGCGCUAUUCAACGUAGCACCAGGUGGCGCUGCAGGCUCGAUCUGUACGAACAUCAUCGACAUGACGAAGUGGGUGCGCUUCCACCUGGGCACGGGAGCGACACCUGGCGGCGAGCAGCUCGUCGACAGCACCUUACUGGCCGACACGCACACGGAACAGUUCAACAUCCCUCUGAAGCGACUAGCGACGUUCCAGGGUCGACCAGAGUUCCCUGUCGCCAUCUCACGGUUCGCCUACGAUCUCGGCUGGACGACGGGUCUCUACAGAGGUUACGAGCGCGUCUACCACGGCGGCAACAUCUUCGGCUACGACUCUCAGCUGUGGCUGCUGCCGGGGUUGAACGCCGGCAUCGUCGUCCUGACUAACGGACCGAACGACGCCGCGGCCGUGCGCGCGAUAGAAACCAUCCUCUACUACACGACGGACCUGCUCGCCGGAGAAACGACGUGGCUCAACGCCACCACCGCAUGCUCGUUCCCCGCCCCCUGGGGGAAGGUCGGCGCAGCGACGGCGCCACCUGACGACGAGCAGGAUGAAGGGGCGGAGCACGAGCGCCCCCUGGCGGAUUACGUCGGCCGGUACGGGCACUACGGGCUCGGCAGUCAGGAGAUCGACACGGCCGUCUACUUCCGCUCCUCUUCCUCUUCCGCUUCCGGAAGCGACGUCACGCAGCUCGUCAUCCCCUGGAUGUCGCCGGACGUGGAGACGGUUUUCCUGCGCGAUCUGGACGUCGACGCGGUUGCCACGGCAACGGGCGUCGCUCUGCGUGCUGCCGUCGUCUGCGUCGUCGUCGUCAUGGCGACCGUCGCGUCGCUCCUGAUGUAG